AUGAGCGCAGGCGACAAACUCGGCGGUGCCGUCAAAGGCGUCUUUAACACUAUCCACGGAGCAGGCGAAGCCAUCCGUGGCAACAUCAACGACGGUCUCGAUUCGGCUGGCGAAGGUCUCCGACAGGCAAGCUCCGACAAGGACGGACACUCCACUACCACCUCUUCCUCCGACCCGUCCACGUUCGGCAAGAGUGACGACUACAACCAGUCCGGCAACCAUCAAGGUGUCGCUCAAAAGGGCACCGACGAGUUCAAACAGGGUAUCGAACAGAUUUCGAAUGCUUUCAAUUCCAACAAGAGCUCCAAUACCCACUCUUCCGUUUAA